ACAGAGGUCGCGCGAUCUGCGCCCGGGUCAAUCGCAGCACGGAUUCGCGAUAAUUACCGCGUCCAGUGUCGGUCUGACUCGGGUCUGACCGGAUCCGCGGCGUCGUCGAUCGCGAAGAGACUUAGUACACAUUCGUUCCGAGUCGGAGUCAUUUUUUCGAACGGAUUUUUCACGUCGCCGGUGGUCGGGUCAUUGUUGUCCGUUUUCGCAGUCCUUUUGAAUGGUCCGGCGAGCAUGCGGUGGAAAAUUCGAGGUGGAAACGGCGACCAGGCUUGCGCCGAUACGAGGAGGGGGAGCGGCGAACGGGGUGAACGAAGGGAACAUCAGGGAGCGCGGAUUGCCUUUGAAAAGAAGCUCGAAGAUUUCUGCGGAUUUCGAUUCGACGAUGUCAACAGCUUCGAUAAGAUCGCCGCGCUUUUAUACCGACCCACCGACGCUGCGAGCUUGGGCGUCGUUCGAGCGCUUUUUGGAUUCUGCAUGGUGUUCGAUGUGGUGGAGGAGAGGGGCCUGGCAGACGUGGACAUUAAAUGGGGCGACCCCAUGGAGUGUCAUUUCCCAUUGAUCCACGGGAUGAAGCCACCGCCGUUGCCGUGGGUCAUAGUGAUUUACGCGAUCAUGUGGACGGGCGCGUUCGGCAUAAUGCUCGGCUGGCACUUCAAGCUCGCCUGCGCCAGCUUCGUGUUGCCGUAUUGGUACAUCUUUCUGCUGAGCAAGAGCCAGUGGAACAACCACACGUAUCUGUACGGGAUCGUCGGCACUCUCCUCUGGGGUACGGAGGCUAAUAAGUUCUUUGCUCUGGACGCGAGAAAAACGAGCACGGGGCAGGGAAAGGCCAUGGUGCCUCUGUGGAAUUAUUUCAUACUGAGGUUUCAGUUCUUUGCAUUGUACUUUCUGGCCGGAUUGAAGAAAUCCAGCACCGAAUGGCUGUCGGGAUACGCCAUGUCCAAUUUGUCGUCACACUGGGUCUUCAGUCCGUUCAAGCUAUUGCUGACGACCGAGCAGACUGAUUUCUUCAUAGUUCACUGGUUCGGUUGUAUUUUUGACUUAACCGUCGGUUUUUGGAUACUAUACGAAAAGACUCGUGUUCCCGCCAUGAUCCUCUGCACGACUUUUCAUUUAAUGAACUCCAGACUGUUCAGUAUAGGCAUGUUUCCCUACGUCUGCCUGGCAACGAUGCCACUCUUCUGCAGCGCGGACUGGCCACGAAAAUGCAUUUCGUGGUUCAAGUGCAAUUGCACGUCGAUUAUUGUCGACAGUCGAACUAUCGAAGCAUGCGAUGCGUCUCCAGCAAAUCGGUCCGAGAACGAUCGCGCGGAAGAGUACGAAGAUACUCCGAGGCUGGAAACGAAGUUCAUCGCGCGUCGCAAAGACGACCUUGAGACAGAUAAGGGAACAGAGGGAGCAAUUAAAGAGCAACGAGAUAGCGCGCGAGAACACGAUGACGGAAAUAACAGAACGGUUUGCAGGCGCACGAGAGAAGUCGAGUCGAGACCUAGAGGUGCGACGAAGAGGCAAAAAUUUGUUGUAUCUCUCUUACUCUUUCACGUGGCCUUGCAAUUUUUCCUUCCGUACUCUCAUUUCAUCACCAAGGGUUAUAAUAAUUGGGUACCAGGUAUGUACGGCUACUCGUGGGACAUGAUGGUCCACGUUUGGGACACUGUACUGGUCGUGAUCAGAGUCCACGACAACGAGAGUAACGAGGAUCGUUACUUGGAUCCGAAGGUGUGGGUGCAAACCGACCGGUGGGAGAAACACGCUGACAUGGCUUUGCAAUACGCCUUUUGCAUUAGGGACAAUUUAAUGGAACAAGAGAAACAUUAUAAGAGGCAGGAGAAAUUGCCACCUCUGUCGACGAACUUGAGCAUCUACCUAGACGUAUGGUGUUCUUUAAACUGGAGAUUCCAGCAGAGAAUAUUCGAUCCGAAUGUCGACUUGCUGACCGUCGACUGGCACCCUCUCAAGCCUGUUUCAUUUCUGAUGCCACUUCUGACACAAUACAACUCGUACAGGUACAAGCUGGAAGAAAUUCAGCAGCACGUUUCCACGUGGUCCAACGACACCGACGUUAUCUUCGUCGCCGAUUUCCCGGGCAUGCAUUUGGAUAACUAUAUCGCGAAAAACUUCUCCAACGUCAGCUUGACGGUACUCGAAGGCGAAGUGACGUACAGCGACGAAAAGCUGUCGGAAGGUGUCACGUUGUCGAAAGAAUCGUCGAUCCCCAUAAAGACAGGACAAUUUCAUAGAGUAAAGACGACCAGUGCUUUUCCUGCCUGCUACAUGUACACGUACAACAAUCGAAACAAGCGAUCAGAAACAGACAGCAGUGACACAGACGUACGAAAGGAGAGCUAUUCGAUCACGAAGGAAAUUAAUUACAGUAUCGACGCCUGGCUACGGUCCAUGAAUCACAUACUGGAUUCCUUUUUCUACUUGGUUUACAACGUGCCAAUGGUGCGAAGAGUACGUGUCCACAAAUAGCAAGAAAGGCCGACGAAUAUGUAGUCCGUGCAGCAGGAAACCAGUCUGCCGAGUUACAUUUUUCAAAGAUAGUCGAAGUAUCGCGGAGACUUUAUUUUCAUACACAAAGGGGUGGACCAUAUUUAAGCCGAACGGAAAAUUUCGUUUCGAUGGACGCGCGAUAACAUGGACUUUCGAGUCGCUCGUUAUAUAAAAGUAAAACACGACUGCCAACGGUUGAUAAGGUUUAUCGUUACCCGGCUUUGCGAUGUACAAGUUUGACGUAACGUCUGACUAGGGUUUUAGCAGAAGGAAUAAUAGAAUGUUUAAUUGAAUAAUACCGUGAGACUGAUAUCUGUCCGAAAAUAAUAUUGUUGUGUCUUAGUAAAGGCUUACAGUAGUCAAUACGAAAUAUUUGUAAUGGAAUGACCUUAGACUAUUUAAACAAGAGUGAAUGUUGCUCGUGGCAAUUUCUAAUUGAAGAUUUUGGCAAUUUUUUUAGUCAGACGCUCUAAUAAUUUUUAAUUGGAGACAUUGUCGAGUUUCUGACUAUCUAGAACCUUUUAAUUAAAGACUUUUAAUUAAAGAUUUUUAAUCAAA